AUGGGUCUUAAUAACCAAGAUGCUGGAAAUAACAAUUCAAACCUUCAACUUAUUCUAGGCUUAGCCCUCACUCUCACCAAACAAGACACACCACCAUCCAACAACAACCUUACAAAACCUUAUUCAUCAAGCAACAACAACAACUAUGAAGCUGAACCAUCUCUAACGUUGGGUUUAUCUAGUUACUACGAAGAACCUCUUGAUUUUUCCACACAAACAAACUCACCUCUCCAUAGCGUUGUUUCAUCUUUCUCUAGUGGUAGAGUCAAAAGAGAAAGAGACGUUAGCAGUGAAGAAAUUGAAGUAACAGAGAUAGAAAGAGUUUCUUCAAGAAUUAGCGACGAAGAAGAAGACGGCGCCACCGCAACUAGGAAGAAACUUAGACUUACCAAAGAUCAAUCUGCCAUGCUUGAAGAAAGCUUCAAACAACACAGCACGCUGAAUCCUAAACAGAAGCAAGCCUUAGCCAGAGAGUUAAAUCUAACCGCUCGACAAGUUGAAGUCUGGUUCCAGAACCGCAGAGCCAGAACAAAGCUGAAACAAACCGAGGUGGAUUGUGAGUUCCUAAAGAAAUGUUGUGAAACAUUAACAGAUGAAAACAGAAGGUUACAAAAAGAGGUUCAAGAAUUAAAGGCACUGAAACAAGCACAACCUUUGUAUAUGCCUAUGCCUGCUGCAACCCUUACUAUGUGCCCUUCUUGUGAGAGGCUUGGUGGUGGUGUUAAUGGUGGUUCUUCCAAUAAGAGCAAUUUUUCAGUGGCUCCUAAACCUCACUUUUACAAUCCCUUCACAAAUUCUUCUGCAGCAUGUUGA